AUGGACGGACAGAGUCCAACUGCUCAUCAGAACCUUCUGGGUUCUGUUCAGACACAAACUGAACAGCUUCCUGCUUGGAGGAUCUCCGCCAAGAACUCCCUGGAGUGCUACGCUUUCAACGCGAAGAGCUGCGUGGAGGAUGACAGGCUGAAGGACAAACUGAGUGAGGAGGACAAGAAGAAGGUGGUGGACAAGUGUAAGGAGACCAUCAGCUGGCUGGAGGACAACCAGCUGGCUGAGAAAGACGAGUACCAACACAAGCAGAAAGAGCUGGAGAACGUGUGCAGCCCCAUCAUCAGCAGCUUGUACCAGGGAGGGAGGCCCACUGGGACCUGUAGAGGGCAGGCCCCAGGAGGCCCCCAGGGGCCCACUAUUGAGGAGAUCCACUGA